GAGACGGGAAGACGAUUCGUGGAUCGCUCGGGCCCGACCGCCGGGGACGGGCGCGCGUGCGCACGCCGCAUCCCUUACGGGAGCCCGGCGCACACUGGGCACCUCUGGUGUGGUGCUACGGUCGCGUGCCCCUUUCCUUUCUUUCCCUUCUUGGGGCCUGUGGAUCCCAGGCAGUGCUUUCUGUUCGGAGCACUCGGCACAAGGCUUGAGUCGCCUGGCAGGGGAGCGGGCUGCGUGCGUGUGGAGGGCCCUGUGGACCAGAGAGAACCACACAGCAUGGCAGAAAACCGAGAGCCCCGCGUGACCAUUGAGUCUGAGCUAGACCCGGUGGAGUACACCCUUCGGAAGCGGCUUCCCCACCGCCUGCCCCGGAGGCCCAAUGACAUUUAUGUCAACAUGAAGACUGAUUUUAAGGCCCAGCUAGCCCGCUGCCAGAAGCUGCUGGACGGAGGGGCGCGGGGUCAGAACGCAUGCACUGAGAUCUACAUUCAUGGUUUGGGCCUGGCCAUCAACCGUGCCAUCAACAUUGCCCUACAGCUGCAGGCGGGCAGCUUCGGGUCCUUGCAGGUGGCUGCCAAUACCUCCACCGUGGAGCUUGUCGAUGAGCUUGAACCAGAGACUGAUGCCCGAGAGCCGCUGACCCGCAUCCGGAACAACUCAGCCAUCCACAUUCGUGUCUUCAGGGUCACACCCAAGUAAUUGAAAUGAGGCAAGCCCUCUUAUCUUCCUUCCCUCACACAACUAGACUUAGCUAUGGCCCUCCUUGUAUGGAGUACUGUCACAUAGCUCCUACCAGAGCCAUGUAAGAAAAAGCCUGUCCCCUCAGUCCAGAGGACUGAAUUGAGAGGGGCCGUGUUGUUUCUUGUUGGGCCCACGCAGUGGGUCUUCCUGAAUCUUUGUGGUCUGUAGCUAUUGUCCUAGACAAUAAAAAGUAUCAAGUUGUGUUA